UAUUGAAAAAAAGAAAUGAUGGGCCCAUUACUCCUCUCUCUCUCUCUCCCUCCAAUUUAUCACUCUUUCUCUUUCUAUCAUACACCCGAUCGUUAGUUUUAACGACCAUGAAAGGGGCACUUAAAAAUGAUCAUCAGCCUCUAAAAGAUUAUAAGAGAAGCACAAAAUCAAUCGAGACACACACAACAGAGAGUUUUGGAGAGUCUGAGAAACGCUUUCAGAUAUCCUUUUGUCACCAGUGUCGGUGCUGCCACUGCGUUACCUCCUUUCUAUACACUUUUCACAAAAAGAAAAGCUUAUUCUUUAAGACCUAGAAAAAAGAAAAUGGGGGAAACUUUAUUAGAGCUGAAAGAAGUGGGGAACAUGGCGGGAUUGUUUAAGUAAUUCUUGGGGUCGGUUCUAAUCCACUGAAUUUGUGUCUCUUUAAUUUGUGUGUGCUUGCGAGUGAUUGUGCUUUGUAUUUGGGGGACACAGAAACAUGAAAAUUACUUAUUUUAGGCCUUCGGUUCUCACUCGGGAUUUUGGGAAUUCGGUAAGAUAUUACUCAUUCUUCACAUUCCACGUUUAUGAUUGUUUCUUGCUUGUGAGAAAUAUCAUUUUUGGACUUGUUUUAUGAGUUUUGAUUCCUGGUGUUCUGCUGAGAGAAGAAUUAAUGGGGGUAGAAGAAAUAUAUGCUUCAAUUCUCUAAGAGCUUGUGAAAAUUAUGAAAGCAUAGUUGUACGUGGAUUAGCAAAUGUCAAGAAUUUCCAUAACUGCAGUGGGGUAUUUUCCAAUUUUUGGGGGUUUGUAGCUUCAUUUUUGUGGCUUCAAGUUUAGGUAUUAGGCGAAUCGGUAAAUCACAAUAGGAGUGUAUCAGUUCCCAAAUUGGUACCUUUUGGGAGUGAAAAAAUGUCAUUUAUAUCCAUUUUAAGAGAUCUCAAGGGGAAAAUGGGCAUAGAUGAGAAGCUAGAGCAGGAAUGCGGAAGAAACAUUGAUUUUAGUGUUGAGGGCUCGUCGUCUUCUUCAUAUCCAGUGGUGGAGCAAAGCCAGUGGGCAAGCUUGGAACCGGAGUUUUUUGUUGAUAUCAUUGGUAGAGUAGGGGCUGAUGAGACUGCGUGGCCAGCUCGAAGAGCUGUGGUGUGUUGUGCUGCUGUUUGCAAGUCUUGGAGGGAGAUAGUUAGGGAGGUGGUUCAGACUCCUGAACAAUGUGGUUUGCUCACUUUCCCUAUGUCCCUGAAGCAGCCGGGACCAAGGGAUUCUCAGAUUCAGUGCUUCAUCAGAAGGGAAAGGGCAACAUCGACUUAUAGGUUAUACCUAGGCUUAAGCCCUGCUAUUUCGGGGGAUGCAAGUAAGUUGCUGUUAGCAGCAAAAAAGAUCAAAAGAGCCACGAAAAUAGAUUUUGUCAUAUCUUUUGCUGCAAAAGAUUUUUCGCACACCAGUGAUAAUUAUGCAGGCAAACUGAGGUUCAACUUUUUCGGCUCCAAAUUCUACAUUCAUGAUUCUCAACCUCCGUGGUGCAACACUCUUAUCCAAUCUCACGGUUGGUCGUGGAAAAGAAUUUCCGCAGAGAAGGUUGCACCAAGAAUACCUAUUUGCAACUUCAAUGUUGCAACUAUCGCUUACGAACUUAAUGUUCUCCGUACAAGAGGGCCAAGAAGGAUGCAGUGCACGAUGCACAUGAUUCCAGUUUCAUCAACUCAAAAAGGUGGAAGUGCUCCCACUCCUGCAACGUUUAGUUAUGGUCUGGAUGAAACUUUCAGCCCCUUGACAGCUUCCGAAGUGAGGAAAGAGGAUUCUGCUUCCGAUGUCCCUAUCAGAGGUAAGUCGAAGCAACUGAACAGCAGCAUCGAUGAACCACUCAUUUUGAAGAACAAAACCCCAAGAUGGCAUGAGCAGCUGCAGUGUUGGUGUCUGAACUUCAGAGGACGUGUUACAGUGGCAUCGGUCAAGAACUUUCAGCUCGUAGCUGUCGGUGACCCAUCAGAGAACGCUCCAGCUCCAGAACAAGAGAAAGUGAUCUUGCAAUUUGGAAAGAUAGGGAAAGACAUAUUUACCAUGGACUAUCGAUAUCCCCUCUCUGUCUUCCAAGCUUUCGCUCUCUGUUUAAGCAACUUUGAUACGAAACCAGUAUGCGAGUAGGCUUUUUCUGUUUUAAAUACUGUCUGUAUACACUUUUAGGUCUUGUCUUUCCUGGAAGAAGGUAUGCCUUGCAGUCACCCUUCAUAAGAUUAAGUUUUACUUAUAAGAUAUCAGGGAUAUGGUUUCCGUUUCGAUGCUUUUGUAUUGUGGAUAAAACUUUGAACUUAAACCAUUUGGAUAUGUAUUGCUUAUGUAGAAAAUCAGGUUGUAAAAGUAAAAUAUUUCAAAAUGCUUUGUUAA